AUGGUGCACGCUCCACUGCCGCCGGCAAGGGCGAGCUCGAAAGACGCCGCUGGCUCGGAGCAAUCGGUCUCCAAGCCCCCAUCCUCUGGGGCCUCCUUGCCGGCGAGCGGCAACGCUGAAGAGCACAACGGGCACUUCGGGAUCGAGGGCGGACGCGGGAUCGAGACCAGGAGCUACGACACCGCGGCGAAGAAGCAGGCGGAGGUCGACGACUGCGCGCCAAAGGCCGGGCGAGCGAAGCGCGAGGCUGCUGCUGCCGCUGGCCGUUCCAACGAGGCUUCGGCUGCCAAGCGGCCACGCGGUCGACCACACAAGGGCGUGUCGGUGGAGCCGCCAGCGCCGAAGCCCAUCGCGACCACGGCGGCUCGUAAGUUGCGGAAGGUAGAGGAUCAGCUCAUCCUACACGUGAAAGUCCUUCAACCAGCAAGUCAGUCGCAGCUAAAGCCCCGAGAGGCCAACGCGGUGGAGCGCUACGAGCUCUUCGGAGUCGAGGGCAGGCGCCGGAUCGACACCCGAAGCUCCGACACCGUGUCGAAGGAACAGGCGGAGGCCAGCUACGGUGCACCAAAGGCCGUGGGAGCGAAGCGCCAGGCUGCUGCUGCUGCUGACAAUGCCGCUGGCCCUUCCAACGAGGCUCCGGCUGCCAAGCGGCCGCGCGGUCGACCACCCAAGGGCGCUAGCGCCGAAGCCCAUCGCAACCACGACGGCUCGGAAGUUGCGGAAGGUAGAGGAUGCAGCGCAGCCCACACGUGA